GAUACUAGUCUGUGCUUGUAUCUCCUGUGGAUUUAGUUGCUGUGGUCUAUUAUUUUUCACAGACGUGACCUCGGCCACAUGAUAAUCAGGUUACUGGCUUGAUACUCAUUGAUUACCACCCCCCUCUGCUCUAGAAACUUAUUUAUAGCUCUGGACGUGGGUGAACGCAGAUGAAACAUGCAUAAACUUUCAAGCUGUCUCCCAUUGAAUUCACAUUCCAUUUUUUUGAGCUGUCUAAAGUCUGGGUUUAGCUCUGCCUUGGUCCUAUCGAUCCAUGUGUUAUAACUCACAUGAAUGGGUUGCUGUGUGUUCUUUAGAAAUGAUAAUAAGGGUGGUAGCAUCCCGAUUCAGGAGAAUGGCAGAACGGGAGUAAGGGUGAUGGUGAGUUUGAGUGGGUGAGUACUUUGUAGGGGUGUAGAAAAUUUUUGGGUGUGUGCGAGCGUAUAGUCACCAGUUAUAUGAAGGCAGGAGCACAAUAAAGGCACAAUUCCAUAAGGCCAACAACUAAAUUGUAAAUAUUAGUGAUUGCACACCAACACACAAACUGAGAAUAAUGGAUACAGAGACUGAUUUUUCACUCUCAAAGCUUGCUCCUCUAACCCGUGCACUGUCUCACAAAUAUACAGUACCCAUUAACGAAUGGGUUGUGCUGCCUAAAUCAGGUUGAAGCUAGCUGUAACAUAGACUAACAGACAGACAGCACACCCAUCUGUCGAUAGAGUAAAGUGGAUUAUUUGGCACUUCCGUCUAUCAUAAAUCAGGGGACUGAUAAUUUAAGUUAUAUUUAUAGAGACAGAUUGGGACGUCUUACGUUUAUCACGUUACAAACUGUACAAGAAAACAAAGACAACUAUUUUGUGCAUAAGUCAAAUAUUGGAAUUCAUCUUAAAAUCGAUAAAAUAUCAAACCAAGUGCUUGAAAAUUUCCUAUCGUAUUAACAAAUUUCAUAUAAAUUAAGAAAACUGCGAUGCUAAUGAAUAUUAAUAAUUUCAUGGGAUCAAUUAUGCCGAAAACGUCAACACCAACAAAAGAGUUGAUUGGAACUGAUUAUAUCGAUGGGUCAUCUGGUCACGAUAUGAUUAAAACAGAUUUAUUAAACUCUUACACAAACACUUUAUCGUCAGUUGCUUGCUCUAAGAAACUUGCUACUAGCAAAAGUAUCAGUAGCUAUAAUUGUAACAGAUCAGUUUUAAAAGAUAGUGAUACGGAAGCUUCUGUAGAAUGCUUGUCAAAAGAUGAAUCUUAUCAUAAAACGGACUACAAUAGUACUGAAUUUUUACAAGGUUAUACACUUAUAAACAAUCAAGAGAAUCUAGAAGCGAAUGGGUUGAAAAUGCGUCUUUUAGCGACGCUCGCUGAUAUGAUUCCACAUGAUGAAAGUCUAAGUUUACGUCUACUGAUGAGCUACACAAUUGAUGAUCAAGAAAGUGAGUGUGUUGUUAUUGAUGAAACACUGUGUCGAGGGGGAAAGCGUAAUGAAACCAACAAUAGUAGUUCUCAAAAUUGUUUAGAUAAAUCAAAAAGUAAGAAUGGAAUUCAUGAAAUGCUGCUCAAUGAAAAAAAGCCUAUAUUGAGUGCAAUAUCUCUUGAAGCUUCAACUACCCAACAAAGUACUUCAAAUGAAGCUGAUGCAUUAGACUUGUCUCUACAUAAUGAAACAUCUGAUUCCAUGGACUAUCAUACAGAUUCUUUAAAUACAAAAUUAACAAAACAAGAUUAUAAGUCACAAGCAAUUAUUGACGGUAUAAUCAGAGAAACAAAAUCCCCAAUCAAUACAUGUUGUAUACCAUCGAGUUUGUUAUCAUCUAGCCUUGUACAGUCCAAUAUGAAUUCGACAAAACCUAUAGAUACAAUUGUGACUACAACAUCUGCAAGUAAUUCGAUUAAUCAAAUUCCAUUAUUUGAUACGUCUAUAUUUGCAUUACUUCCAUUAUUACAGCAACAACAACAGUCUCAACAAAUACAGCCAAACCAACAAAAUACAAAUACUUUAGCAUAUCAAAAUGUUUUAAAUCCAAGUUCAUUGUCAUUGCUUCCUGCCACUAUUCCUACUUCAAUGACAACAAUAAGUACAACGAAAUCAAAUCCUAUCACUUAUAAUUAUACAGGUAUGUCGACAAAUGCCAAUUUGCUAUUCAAUCAAUUAUAUCCAACACAAUUGCAACAAAAUAUUCAACAAAAUAAUAAUUUACUUACAACACAUUUGAGUAGUAUAAUACCAAAACAAACAGAAAUAACUACAACAGAAUCAGCUUCGACAUCAGUUUCAAAUACAAUCGUAGGUUCAUUAACAAAUAAUGCAGUUAACACCCAGUCGCUUUUAAAUACAGCAUCUGUUAUAGGAUUCCCAUUAAUAAAUCCAUUUUCACUUCAUACAAAUAUUACCAAUAAUAGUAGUACUAGUAACAACAAUAGUAAUACUGAUCAAUUUAAUGCUUUCCUAACAUCUACAUCAUUUCUGGGAACAACAUCAACAUCUACACUUUCACAAGCAUUACUGACACAAUCAUCACCACCACCAUCGAAUACUACAUCAAUCAGUUUAGGACCGACAAAUACCACUGCUACAUUAUUCAAUGUCAAAGAUAAGCAAACAGGUUUAAUUGAAACUGUAGGUAUAAUGCCAGGUAUAAAACAUUUAAAUCAACCAAUUGCAUCAUUAAUCAAUCAGUUAACUCUUAAUGCUUCGUCUAAUAAUAAUAAUAACAAUAAUAAUAAUAUUUCACUUAAAACACUUUCAACAUUAUCCCAACUAUUCAAUAGUAACCUCCUUACAACAAUAUCAACUCAUAAUACUACUAGUAGUAAUUCAAAUUCUACAAAUUUCAAUAUAGUAAAUAAUCUAACUAUACCAACAAUAGUAAAUACCAAUAUUAAUAAUAAUCAUAUUUCUUUGGAUAAUGGAACAAUAAAUGAUAAUGAACUAAAUACAAUAGAGAAAACUCAUACUAAAUCAUCUUCAAGUACAAGGAUAUUAUCGAAUAGUUCUAGUCCAUUAUAUUCAUUAAAUAAUCAUUCAACAGAUAAAUUUCCAAAAUUAAAUUCAACAAAAAGUCAUAAAAAUGAGAAUAUGAAAUUAUCAGUACAACAAAAUCAACAGUCUAACACUGCAAACACUAAUACUACAACUGCUAAUAGUAAUUUUUUAUUUGGUCGAAGAUUAGUUCUUAGUCGUCGUUUUAUUUGUAAUCAAUGUCGUCGUAAUUUUUCAUCAUUAGCUGAAUUAAAUCGGCAUACAAUUGAAGCGCAUAAUUCAUUUCGUUGUACAAUUUGUUCAGCACAUUUUACACAAAGAUCUAACCUACAACGACAUUCAUUGAAACAUGUUGGCUUUAAACCAUUUACAUGUAAUUUAUGUAAAAAAGAAUAUUAUCGUAAAGACCAUUUAGUUAGACAUAUUGAAGUAACACAUCCAACACAUGAUCCUAAAAUGAAUAUCACUGUUCAUUUAACAUCAUCAGAGUGUUUAGAUUAUUUGGAUAGAUUACAAGCUGGAAAACAAUCACAAUCACCAUUAUUACAUCAUAAUCAACCGGAGAAUAAAGAAUCAACACCUCAUUUAGGUUCAGAUGUUACUACAAAUAUUACUACUACUACUGCUGCUGUUGCCGCUACUACUAUAACUACGGGUAGUAGUAUUAAAAACAGUACUGCUUCCGACCUAUGCAACAAGAAUAGUAUUUACAAAGACGAUUUUGAUCUAAUGAAUGAAGAGUCCAUGAGAAUUGAAGAAGCUACAUUAGAAACACCAGAUAUUGAAAUGAACGGAGACAAUGAUAUCAAUAACAGCAAUAAUGAGGAAGAUAUUGAAGAACAAUAUUACAAUAUGACCGAUUAUAAUGAAAUUAGUUAACUAUAAUUGAUUAUCGGAUUAAAAACAAACAGUCAGUAAGUGUAAAAAUGACUUUAAAACUAUUCCAUCGAAAUUUCCAAGCAGUUAGGAGUAUAUAUACACACGAAAAUGGAAAUACAUAUAUAUUCCAUUUUCGUGUGUAUUUACUUGCACAACAUGCACCGGUUUCUGUGUUAUUACAGUUUACUAAUUCCUCAAAACAUUGGAACUCAGUUUCUUUUCUUCCUACUAAAAUUGCAUUUAUGAUAAACAUUUAAUAUUGUGAAUAACAUUGAAAUCUGUCAGUUACCUUUGGAAUACCAUUCAGCAUUAUCAUGUAUUUAUUUAGUACUUAUAUAAAGGGAUAUGUGUUAUUGUGCAGUUCCACUUUUCCAAAUGCUUAACCAAUUACACAAAGAAGUAAAAAGGAAUAAAUGAAAUGAAUAGUAAACAAUAAAUCUCAAUCAUAUUAGUUCCUGUGAUUAAUUAAUUCUUCCAAUCGUUUUUUAUGAUAAAGCUCUUUUUAUAUUCUGUUUCAUUGGAUACAAAUAAUUCAUUUUUAUACAUACAUGUGUGUUAGGUCGGUUUAAACGAUAACGUAGACCUUAUUCAACAUUCCAUAAUAGAAAACAGAGAAGUGAAUUUUGAUGAUGAAAAAUUUGACAGAGUACGGUAUAUUAGAAGUGACUUCGUUGUUUCUAUUUCUUAUUUGUCUCUUCCAUACACAAACAUGUUUUUUUUACAAAGUUAUUUCCUUGCUUUCAUUUAAUCAGUUUGUAAUUUGUCUUUUAUAUUUUAUUGACAGUUACUUCUAUCAUUCCUAAAUGCUAUUAAUGUUAUUACCACCACAAAAACCAACUGAUGAUACCGAUAUUCAACAUUUUCAUAUCUAAUUCAUAUGUUUUAUGCCCAAUAAUUCCGCUUUGUGAAACAGGCUAUUUAGUAGUUCGUAAUGAAGAAAACAUCAAUAGAAAUGUGGUUAUUCUAGACAGAUAUCUUUGAUAUUAUUGUCAUUUUAAAUUGACAGUUGUCUAGGAGAAAAAGAAAUGUAAUUUAUACCUAUUUACAUGAGACUAACAUCAAAUGUCUGUUAGAAUAUAUAUAUUCAAAAGAUUUA